GAAACAGAAGCACUUGAUCAUCGCCUUCAUUAAAAGCUGAUCCAAUUCCCGAGGCAGAAGAAUCUUAUUUGCUUCUCUAUGUACACCACUGGCUUUUCCAUUUCCGAGAAGCUAAAAACACCUUUUGAUCUUCUCUCAAUUAUUUGUAUAGAUAUGGCGGCGGUUUCUAGGGAUACAACGGUGUCAGUUGCGGUUUCGACGGUGUUUCCUGGUUUCAAAUUCUCACCGACGGACAUCGAGCUUAUAUCUUAUUACUUGAAACGGAAGAUGGAUGGCUUGGAGAGGUCCGUUGAGAUUAUCCCUGAGCUGGAUAUUUACAACUUCGAGCCUUGGGACUUGCCUGAUAAAUCAAUCGUUAAAUCGGACAGUGAAUGGUUCUUUUUCUGUGCUCGUGGUAAGAAGUAUCCACACGGUUCACAGAACAGAAGAGCAACCAAGAUCGGAUACUGGAAAGCCACUGGCAAAGAACGUAACGUCAAGUCUGGUUCUGAGGUCAUUGGAACAAAGAGGACGCUUGUCUUCCACAUUGGUCGUGCCCCAAAAGGAGGAAGAACGGAAUGGAUUAUGCAUGAGUACUGCAUGAUUGGAGUAUCACUAAAUGCGCUGGUUAUUUGCCGGCUUAGGAGGAAUACAGAAUUUCAAGGAGCUACGAGUCAAAAGCCCCCACCACAGCCACAGCCACAGCCAAGUUUAUCACUUGACAAGAACACAAACUUGCAGAACCGAACUGUUUCUGGUUGGGAAAAUAUAGUUGAUUAUUACUUAUCAGGUGAAUCAGGGCAUGAACUACUCAGUGAAAUAGCAGAAUCCUCGCAAUCUUCACAUAAUCCACAGGUUCCUAGUGAAGAAGAUUUGUAUGCCGAUAUCCUGAGGGAUGACAUAGUGAAGCUAGAUGAUCCGGCAGACUCCGGUAAUACACUGAUCGAUGUCCCCAGGCUUCAAUCAGAGUCCACAACGACCAGAGUACUGCCUUUACCCAGCAUGGUAGACAAACAAAUGCAAUCACUGCUACAGAGACUGCCAUUACAGAAUGACAUUGGUGAAGAAAACAACAUAUCAAUGUCCGGUUGCUUUAUUGGUAUUUACUCGAUUAAGUCCAUAAACCGAGCGAGAUGGGAUGUUAUUACUUGGGUGCUGGUUAUGAUAGCCGUGUUGGUGUUUUAUCUGGUGUGACGUUGAAGAGGCAUCAUCUUCGUGGGCAUAUGGCUGUGUUUAUGUCUUUAAUGUUGAGUGCAUACAGUUCACAUCAUCAUUCUCAAUACUAUAAAUGUAUGUAUGUACUGUAGCCAUCUAUGCGUACUAAGUAAAUUAAAUUGUAGUUUA